AUGCUCGUCCUCCCGCUCCUCUGCGCGGCCCUGGCGCGCGGUGCCGAGCAGGCGGCCCCACUGGCCUUCACCAUGCUGCAGGUGACGCGAGUGUCCGACGGGCGCUGCAGCUUCUGGGGCAACGCGACRCUGGGCGGGCGCUCGAGCCACCGCCUCGAGGGGCGCAGCCUCAGCCAGCUGCUGCCCCUGGAGCCACCGGCCGCCUGGGCACGCAGGAAGGAGGAUGUGGCCACCUACCUGGACUACUUUGCCAACAUGGUCAAGCUCAUCCAUAUGGAGAGGCGUAUUGAAUACACGCAGAUCCUGCGCUGCCUCCUGGGCUGCCACCUCUUCCCCAACGGCACGGCCCGCAGCUUCUACGACAUGACCCUCAACGGCACAGCCUUCCUCAGCUUCCAUGUGCCCACAGCCACGUGGGAGCGCCGCUGGCCCCACCAGGACGCCGUGGCCACCUUCGCCCACCAGGAGCUCAUGAAGUACCCUGAGACCACGCGGGACCUCCAGCACUUCCUCAAUACCACGUGUGUGGACAUCCUGAGGGCUCAGAGUGCUGGGACAGGGAGGCAGAGCAGCCGCUCGCACACACCGCUGGUGGUGGGCCUGACCCUCGGGGCCUUGGCCCUGGUGGCCAUGGCCGCAGGCAUCUUCCUGUGCACCGGCGGGAGCUGCUAGCAGCCCGUGCGCACCAGGGGAUGGAGCAGUGCCCGUGCUCAGCGAGGGAGACUGCUGGCCUUUCUGACACCGCCGGACUGCGCUGUGGACUCAGCUGCCCAGCGUGCUUGGCACCAGGGGCCAUCCCACCUGGUUCUGGGGACUAUUCCCAUGCCAGGUCUGCUGCUGACGUCUGCACAUGCUGCAGAAACGUGAGGUUUGCCCAUGCCCGGGAGCUGAGCGACGCAAGGGGAUAUGCGGCAGAGCAAGGCCAGGAGGCCACUAAUGGGCACGCAAGGGCUGGUGUCAUCCAUCCGGAGGGCCCCAGGGCACGCGGAGCA